UAUACAUAUAUAUGUAUUAUAUAUAAUAUAUAUACAUAUAAUUACAUAUGUGUAUGUAUAUUUGUAUUUUUAGUAGAGAUGGGGUUUCACCAUGUUGCCCAGGCUGGUCUUGAACUCCUGACUUCAGGUGAUCCACCCGCCUUGGCCUCCCAAAGUGCUGGGAUUACAGGUGUGAGCCACCGCAUCUGACCCAUGACCUCAUUUUAACCUCAUUUUCCCCUAUAAUCACCCUAUUUCUAAACAAGCUCGCAUUCUGUGGUGCUGGAGAUAGAACUUUAAAGUAUCUUCUUGGGAGGACACAAUUCAA